AGAAGCAACCUUCGUUUGCCCAGAAAAUCACCCCCAAAUCUUACAACAUGAAGUGCAUCGUUGUUGCAGUCAUGGUCGCGCUGGCCGUUGCCGCCGAAGGAAGUGCCAUCGCCUCGUACGCCGUCCCGCUGGCCUACUCUGUACCGCAGACCACGGUCGUCCAGCAGAACGUCGCCCCGAAGUACGUCGUGGCGGACUAUCAUCACACAGCUUACGUUGACGCACCCCACGUCGACGCCCAUUACCACGGGGCCCAUGCUUAUGCUCAUGUCCCGGCCGUGUCCUACGCCAGUUCUGCCGUCCACCCGGUGGCCUACGCUGCUCCACAUGCCCACGUGCACGCCGUCGCUGCCCACCAUCUGGUCCAGCACGAGGCUCGCUACCUGGCCGCGAACCGUGGCGCAGUCCAUGAGGCACCGUUGCCCGGACACGCCGUAAACCAGCAGGCGCUGAACCUGGAAGCGGCACCGGGAACGCACUAA